AUGACUAGGAGUUUGAUUUCUUCCUUCCAGCUGAAGUUCAGCCAGAACAAAAUUCGGUGCAAUCCAAGGAGAUUCCGAGCUUGCAUCUUAAUCGAUUUGUUGGACCUUCGAUCAAGUUCACCUUUUGGUUACCGAAAGGUGUUUGAGCAGUAUGCUGCAAUUCUUCAACAUAAGUAUCCAUCAUUGACAAUUGAAGGGGAAAACCAUCCUCCACCCUUCUUAAACCAAAAGAUUGCUCAAUUUCUGGGAAUUGUGAAAAUACUGCUCAUUCUCCUUGUGGUUUCCGGUACCAAUAUUUUUGAGCAUUUAGGUGUGCAAGCUCCAUCAGCUUGGGAGUGGACUCAGCAGAACAAGUUUUAUGCAUGUUUGAUGACUUUCUUUCUAUGCAAUGCAAUUGAAGGGCAAUUGAUAUCAACUGGAGCUUUUGAAAUUAUAUUAAAUGAUGUUCCCCUUUGGUCAAAAUUGGAAACUGGUAGAAUACCACAACCCCCUGAACUCUUUCAGAUGAUUGAUAACCAUCUCAGUAUGGCCAGCCCACAAUUGAGUUUGGAUUCAUAAAUGCUGUGUGGUGUUUAUUGUUACAAUUUGUUUGAGUCUAAGCCCUUGUGGAUAUGAUGAUUUCUUUGAAAAGUAGUGGAAACUACUGAAAGCGAUCGGAUGUUUCACCCACAAAAUGCUUCGUAUGAGAACACGCGUAACAAUAUAGCACUUGUCAUCUUGUGAGUUUUUCAUUCCAUUAAGUAAAAUAAAAUAAACUCUAGUCUGAAGAAA